ACCUCAAGAUCGUCCCUUUGCGUGACUUCAAAAUGUCAAUUUUACCUCAGGCAGCCAAUUCUCGUUCUCUGCAUCGGCUAUCACGACAUUGACCCAAUUCGAGUUCCUCUUCUCCACUUCCGCUACGAAACUAACCAACGAGUUGCAGAGCGUGCAUUUUGGGGAAUAGAAUUCAAGCACCGUCGCCUCUUUCCCACUCGCCAGAGCCGAAGCGAAAGCUCUCUGCUCCGCCUCCCACUGCGCUUCCGGUGUCAGCGCACUUCCCUUUCCGGUCGCGGGUCCCAAUUGGAUGGGAUUCAAGCUCUUCUUCGCCCAAGAGGUCGGUGAAUUGGAAAUCGAAUUGAAGGUUCUGAGGGCGACGGAGCCCAAGGUGUUGAGAGAUUUGAACAGCCAUGGGCGGUCGUAGGAGCAGAGAUUGGAGUUUGUUGUAGGAUGAUUCUGAGGGACGGCGUCCCACUCCCACGGCCAUUUUAGACGGAAGAGUGGUUGCAUUGGAGC